UUUGGCAGUCGAAUUUUAACAUCGAUGGCAAAAUUAAUAUGUGGUUCUUGUUGAGAUGAGGCUGAGUGAUAGUUGGGAUGUUGUGGGACUAUAUCCAUUACGACAGAAGUAGAGAGCUGGAUAUUUGUAUGCUUCGAUCAUCAUGGUAGGGCAGGGCAAAGAUAGUAAGAAGAAAUAAUGGCCGAGAGAAUUUCUCUUCCUUGUCUGAGACCUGCACCUGCUCCUCCCAAAAACAUCUUCAAUCCAAAAAAACUAUCUCCUCCCCCAACAUCUCAAUCGGAGACACUUCCCAUAGUUUCCCUCAUCGAACUUCUCAACAAUUCAACUGAUUUUUCACCUCACUCUACCCAACGCAAAUCUAAUGCCAAUCCUCAAUCUAAAAAGAUCAAUCAAAAUCUUACCCUUCAAUCAAUUUCAGCUCCCAGCACUUCACCACUCAUUAAAAAGGACCCCAAUUUCACCAAAAAUGCCACUGGUUUUAUUAAAAAUGACACCCAAAUCAAUAAAAUGGAUACCCAACUUGAAAAGGAUGUGGAUUCUUUACUGUGUACCAGAAAAAACGAUGCCCAAGCUGAAAAGGGCGUUAAUUCGUUAAUGGGCAACAAUGUUUCAGAUUUGCGGGACAUCAGCAACGGAAGCCAGUCAUGGAGGAAGGAGCUCUCAGAAACCGGUAAGUCAAUUCUCAUGUCUAUUCUUGAAGAAAAUAGGAAAGUGCGUGACAUAUUAGAUAUAACACAAGAUAAACUCCUAGAAGGGGAUCUUGUUCAAAUCUUAAGGGGUUUGGUGGGGUUUAAAAAAUGGCGAAAUGCUCUUGGUGUUUUCAACUGGAUGAGAAAUCACGAAGUCCACAAACCCAAUGGACGAGCAAUUGGGCUCAUGCUGAGUGCUCUGGGAAGGGCUUGUGAGUUUUCUAAAGCAAGUGAUCUUUUUGAGGAGCUUCUGCUAGAAGGUUAUGCAAUGGAUGUUUAUGCAUAUACUGCUUUGAUUGCUUUGCAUUCCAAGUCUGGCAAAUACAAGCAAGCAAUUUCUUUGUUCAAAAGAAUGCAGGAAGAUGGAUGCGAACCUAAUCUCGUCACAUACAAUGUAAUGCUUGGUGUGUAUGGCAGAGUGGGCAAUUCCUGGAAUAAAAUCCCUUUAGUUGUUGAAGAGAUAAAAAGUAAGGGAUUUAAACCUGAUCUGUACACCUAUAAUAUCAUUCUAGGUGCCUGUGUAAGAGCAGAGCUGCAUGAAGAAGCAUCAAAGAUCUUUAAAGAGAUGAAGGCCGAGGGCUGUGUUCCCUGCAGUAUAGCAUACAAUUCUCUUCUUGAUGUGUAUGGGAAAGCAGGGUUGCAUAAAGAAGUUCUGAUCAUAUUGAGGGAAAUGGAAAAGAAUGAAGAUUGUCGACCGGAUAUCAUGACUUACAAUGUAUUGAUUUCAGCUUACUGUACAGCAGGCUUCUAUGAUGAAGCUGCUGCUUUGAUGGAUACAAUGGUAAGCAAAGGAACAAAGCCUGAUAUUUUUACGUAUACAACUCUGAUAUCUGCCUUUGGCAGGGCAGAUAGAGAGGAGAAGGUGAUAUUGUUGUUUGAGAAGAUGAAGAGCAAUGAUUGUCGUCCAAAUAUAUGCACUUUCAAUGCUAUUAUUGGUAUGUAUGGGAAGAAGGGAAAAUUUAAAGAGAUGAUGCAAGUAUUUGGUGAACUGAGAUCUGCUGGAUAUACCCCUGACAGAGUCACAUGGAAUACCUUGCUGACUAUGUGUGCAAGAAAUGGAGUGGAUAAGUUUGUUGAUAGAGUUUAUAAGGAAAUGAUGAAAGCUGGAGUCUAUCCAAACCGAGAUACCUUUAAUACUUUGAUCAGCGCUUAUGGCAGAUGUGGAUCAAUCAGGCGUGCUUUGGCAACAUAUAGUGCAAUGUUGGAAGCAGGAAUUGCUCCCAAUCUUUCGACUUACAAUGCCAUUUUAAAUGCAUUGUCUAGAAAAGGGCACUGGAAGGAGGCAGAAGCUGUUCUGAAAGAUAUGAAUGAAAAAGGUUAUAAACCAAAUGCAGAUGCUUAUGCCUCAUUAUUGCAUGCUUAUGCAAAUGGUGAUAAUUUAGAGCAAUUGAAUGCCCUAGCAGGAGAUAUACAAGCAGGAAUCAUUCAUCCUAGUUGGGUACUCCUAAAAUCAGUUGUGCAUGCAUAUAGUAAAUGUAAUUUGUUAAAAAAGACAGAAAAUGCUUUCUUGGAACUGAAAAGACGGGGCUUUUCCCCAGACUUGAUUACAUUCAAUGUGAUGAUUUCUACGUAUGGGAAACACGGCUUGAUUGAUAAAGCUCUUGAAGUUGUAAAUAGUAUGAAGCAAUCUGGGUGCAAACCGGAUUUGGUGACAUAUAAUUCCCUGAUUAGCAUGUAUGGUAGAGCAGGGAAUUGUAAGAAGGCAGAAUCUAUCUUAAAAGAUAUGCAAGUUAUUGGCAUGAAGCCAGAUGUUUUCUCCCACAACAGUGUAAUCAGUGCAUACUGCAAACAGGGUCUCAUGCAAGAUGCUUCAAGGAUUUUCUCGGAAAUGAUGGAUUCAGGCAUCCGUCCUUGUAUUAUCACUUACAAUACAUUAAUUACAGGUUAUUCUGACCUUGCAAUGUUUGAAGAGGUCAAGAAUGUUCUUGACUACAUGAAGAAACAUGGUUUCAUGCCAAAUGAGCAGACUUAUAAUGCCAUUACAUAUGGUUAUCGUAAAGAGGGAAGACUACUUGAAGCAUAUGAUUUUGUUAAUGAAGUUAGACAAAGUGAUUACAUGGCGAGGAAGCACCAAAUGGAACUUUUAAAUGUAUAAAGAACAUUCGAAAACACAACUUUGUAUUUCUGCCUUUGUUUUUAUGAAUCGAGAGCACCCUAUGGAUAAAUGCAUUGUUUGGAUUUUUUAAA